AUCAGAAACUCCUUUGGCAACCAUUAACCCCAAAAUUAAUCAUUCAAAGUUUUAAAUAGCAUUUUUUUUGUGUGAGUAUUUUUCAUUUAAAGUAAAGAGUACAGUCGUGGUGAGUUGUGUCAAUCUGCUGAGGAAAACUCUUGAGAUCUAGAAAUAUCACAGGAGUCUUGGAUCAAUAUGGGCUUUGCGGAUCUUCUAGAUGAAGUUGGCGGGUUUGGACGCUUUCAGCUGAUUCAUGUGAUGCUUCUGUCCAUCCCGGGUCUUCUGAUGGCUUGCCAGAAUUUACUAAAUAACUUUACUGCUGGUGUACCGGAGCAUCACUGUCGCAUACCCAAUAUAACGGCUGCCCUGAAUGAGAGCACCUCAUCGGUCCUGCGCGCGUUUAUCCCACUGGAUUCAUCACUGACACUGUCCAAAUGCACUCGGUACACUGAAACUCAGUGGCAUUUAAUCACUGACAAACUGAGUCACAGAAAUUUGACUGAACUGCUGACAGAGAGUUGUGCUGAUGGCUGGACAUAUGACAAGACUGAAUUCAGCUCAUCUAUAGUAUCAGAAUGGGAUUUAGUUUGUACACUUCGUCCACUCAAACAGAUGAGCCAGACCAUUUACAUGGGAGGAGUACUGGCAGGUGCCAUUAUAUUCGGAGGGUUAUCAGACAGGUUUGGGCGAAAGGCUAUUCUGAUUUGGUCAUAUUUUCAGCUCGCUGUCUUAGGCACAUUCACAGCUCUCUCUCCGUCGUACGUGGUGUACUGCAUCCUCAGGUUCCUGACAGGAAUGUCUGUGUCCGGAGUCAUUCUCAACGGCGUCUCGCUCAAGGUGGAGUGGAUUCCCACUAAGACUCGAACUCUGGUGGGCACCUUAUCAUCUUUCUUCUUCACAUUUGGUCAGAUGCUUCUAGCUGGAAUUGCAUACAGUUUGAAAGACUGGCGUAAAAUACAAGUGGCUGUCUGUCUCCCUUUCUUCAUCUUCUUUUUGUACAGCUGGUGGUUCUCUGAAUCUGCUCGCUGGCUGGUGCUGAAUGGCCGUUCUGAGGAGGCACUGAAGAAUCUCCACCACGUAGCUAAAAUCAACGGCAAGCCCGAGAAGGCAGAAAAGAUCACGUUAGAGGUGCUGGAGACACACAUGCAAAAAGAAGUUCAGUCUAGUAAGAAAGUGUAUACUGCACUUGAUCUCCUGAGAACACCAAACAUGAGGAAGAUAUCCAUGUGCCUUAUGAUCGUCUGGUUUUCAACUAGCUUUGCAUAUUAUGGACUGGCCAUGGACCUGCAGAAGUUUGGGGUGAACAUAUAUCUAAUGCAGAUCAUCUUUGGGGCGGUAGAUUUUCCCGCUAAACUGAUUGCUCUUCUUAUGUUGAGCUUUCUGGGCCGACGUUUGACCCAAGGCUUGUGUCUCCUUGUGUCAGCAUCUGUAAUAUUUGCCAACAUUUUUGUUCCUAAAGAUAUGCAGUUCACAAGGACAGUGCUUGCCGUUCUUGGGAAGGGCUUCAUGUCAUCGUCCUUUACUUGUGUCUACCUAUUUACUGGAGAGCUUUACCCUACUGUCAUCAGGCAGACUGGCAUGGGCUUUGUCUCCACUAUGUCCAGAAUAGGAUCCAUGGCCGCCCCUGCAGUCCUGAUCUUGGAUGAGAUCAUGCCGGCUCUGCCUAGCAUUAUAUACGGGGGAUCCGCUGUAAUUGCUGGUUUAAUAGCCUUUUUGCUCCCAGAAACCCUCAACAUUCCUCUGCCUGAUACCGUGGAGGAUGUAGAGGAGAAAAGGGAAAAGCAAAAUCUUAAAGAACAGACACAGAGUGAAUCGCUGGCCUUACAGGACAUCAAACAAGAUGGAGGAGAAUAUGAAGAGAACAAGUCUACUCACCUCCAUCCACUGUCAGAGAAUCCAGUUCAAAUAAAGGAAUAGUUAUUACACACUGAGACAAACAUUCAGAGACUGUUGAUGUCGGCUGUCUCAAUCUAGACCAAUAAAUGGAAAUUGGGAAUGAAUUUCUGAUUGAAAGCAGCUGAUUCCUUUAAAAGUGAAGUGAUGUAUACAUUACAUAAUGCACUCAUUGUUAUUCUCCAAAAGUGCAUAUAAUAGGUCAUUUAUGUGACAAUAGCAAUGUAUUGUGUGAUAAACAGACUGAAAUUUGAGUCAUUUUUCACCUGAUAAUCUUCAACUGUCUUCGUUUUUUCCCUUUCAUGACAUUGUUGAAAAAUCAGUUGAAGUUAAUGCGUAAUUGCAGAGAUUGAUUUUGUUCAGAUUUUUAAAGGCACGGCUAAGUGAGAAGUCUUAUGUUAUUAUACAGUAAAGCAAUUAUGCUCAGUAAUACCUUCUGGAUGAUUAUUUAAAAUGUGAGUAAUGAAGGAUCUGCAGUCAUUUAAUUAUGUGAAACUUGUGAUGCAGAAUGAUUCUGCUUUUAUUGUAUUGUAACUAAAUGUUGGUUUACAAUAAAGCUCAGUUCAUUAGCCCA